AUGUCUGUUGCCUCUUUGAACCGCGAGACUGCCUUCCAGGCACGCUCUUUGUUCCGCUCUCUGCUGCGGUAUUCCGGCCAGUUCUCCAACUACAACUUCCGGGAGUAUGCUCGCCGCAAGACAAGAGACUCAUUCCGCGAGCACCAGAAUGCGUCAGAGGAACGACAGAUACAAGAAUUGAUGCAGGAGGGUUUGCAAAGCUUGCGCUUGAUGAAGAGACAAACAAUCGUCAGCCAGUUCUUCCAGUUGGACAAGUUGGUGGUUGAAGGCCAAAAAACUGGCAAGGAGACUGGAGAUCAUGGUGGCAUUGUCCGUCAGAAGGACACUGGUUUCGUCUAA